AUGAUCGAUUCCCGUAUGGCAUAUAUUGUUAGCAGUGUAUCAACACCUGUCCACGGCGUGAAUCCAUUUCGUGCUGUACACCCCAAUUCAUUACCAAUGACAUUUCCAACAGGCAAUGAAAAGAAAUCGUCAACAUCAUCAUUCUUAACUGGAACUGUUCAAAUCUUUGCAAGUGCAAUUGUACCUCCACUUCCUUGGCUCUUAUGUAAUGGUACAGCUGUUUCAAGAACUGAAUAUCGACGUCUAUUUUUUGUUAUUGGCACAAGUUAUGGAAAUGGCGACAAUUCAACAACAUUCAACUUACCUGAUUUUCGUGGAAGAUUUCCAUUGGGAGUAGAUGAAUCAGGUACUGUCAACAUUGAUGCUGGAACAGUUGGAUUACUAGGUGGCGUAAACGUACAACAAUUAUCGGUAGAACAACUACCAUCACAUAAACAUGAUCAGGGAACGUUAGUUGCUACAGCAGCUGGAGAUCACUCACAUUCUUAUUACGAUCCUGGUCAUGAUCACGGUGGUCGCACAGGGGAGGCAAAAAUGGCUGAAGGUGGCUUAGCCAUGAACCGUGGCGGCGGGGGCGAUGAUAAUCAAAGGCACAGUCAUUCAAUAUCACGAGAUUACACACAUAUAACAAUCAACUCAGCUGGCAAUCAUAUUCAUCCGAUUGAUGGUGAAACAGGAAGUGUAGGUGGUGGACAGUCAUUCAGUUUACUGUCACCAUAUCAAACAGUUAAUUAUAUUAUUUAUAGCGAUUGA